CCCGCCUGCGCCCGGCCGCCGCAUCGGAAUGGGGUAUAUGUUCUUUAGCCAUGGGAAUGAUAAUAAUCACUGACUCGGUGGUGAGCUGCUGCUCUACGGUUUCGCGGGCGUUUUCGCAGAAACGGGUGAGGUCGGUUUGCGAAAUCAAAUAAGUGAUGCGUCCGGGUUGCGGCGGCCACGUUCCGAAAUGGUUAUUUCGCAAUAAACUUGUGGCGCCUCUGACCUAGAUUACGCCACGAGCUUUUAAUUAUGCCACUGUGCUGCUGCUGGAUAACUUGGGCGCGGUUAAGUCCCUUUUGAGGGCCGAGCGGCAGGGCCCGACUGCGGGCCUGCUACUAUACACUGCGGACGGGGACGUCGCACAUGUGCGGGUUUAUUGUUAAUUUAAAAAGCUAUGUCGCCCUGUCUGACGUGGGCCUUUUUUUCUGUUUGCAGGGAGGGGCCGGAGGAGCGCGUGAGCGUGAGCAUGACGCCCUCCUCGCCCCCGACCACGCUGCCGCUGCUCACGCUGUGCCUGGCGCUGGCGGCGGGGGUGGGGACCAGCUCCGGGUCGGGGGCGGCGGGGGUCGCCGUGCAGGGGGGCGGCGGGCCGCCCGCCGCGCCGCCCCCGCCGCCCACGCCGCACGACAACGCGACGGCCGCCGCCACCGCCCGGCCCGCCGUCAAGGACCACGGCUUCGGGCUGGGCCUGGGCUACGGCCGCGGCGGGCUGGACGGCAUGCUCGCCGCCGUGUUCAAUAAGGUGGCCAAGGGCACGACGGCCACCCCAAUGACAACGCGGCCGCCGCCCGCGCCGCCCACCACCACGGCGGCGCCCACCACCACCACCAGGGGGCCGCCGAGCACCACGGCGCGGCCCGCCACGCCUCCGCAGCCCACCGAGAUGGUGCCGCUGCGACCGCCGCCGCCCAUGCCGCCGUCGCUGGAGGCUGGGCUGGCGGCCGUCGGCGGCGCCAAUCCAACGCGCCGCGCUCCGCACCCGCUGCCAGACUACGCGCCGCCCAACCGGCCGCCACCGCUGCCCGCCGAGUACAACCCCUUCGCCAACAAGGCCAUCCUCAGGGGCAGCCAGUCGGAGAUCGGCAGCGCGACGCCCGGCCGCAAGCAGCACCCGCAGCUGCUACCGCCCCGACCGCUGGACGAGCUCAUCCCGCUACGCCCGGUCAACACGCCCAGUCAGGGCGGCGGUGGCGGUGGAGGCGGCGGCAAGGGCUCCGGGGAUGCGGCACUCCCCGCCCCGGAGGCGCCCCGGCCGGAGCGGCCCCCGGAGCGGAGCCCGGAGCGCUCGGGCGGCAAGCACCACCUCGACAGCCACAUCCACACGGUGGCCUCGGCACCGGCUCCGGCCCCAGCCCUGUCUCCCAUCGGCCACCACCAGGGCGGCGGGGCCGGCGGCCACGGCGGAGGCCACGGACACGGCCACCACGGCAACGGCCACGACCACGCCCUCAAGGCCGCCAAGCCCACCGAGCUGCUGGAGCAGGUCAACAAGGACUCCAUCAUCGACGUGCAGGCCGGCGUGGCCGUGGUGGCGGACCCCGCCAUCCACCGGGACGAGGACAACCGGGACAAGGUGCGUAGCAGCGCGCAGAGAGCCGACGACGACUUCGCCAGACUUUUGGAUCGGCCUAAUCGACCGAACCGAAUCAUAUCGUUUGACGAGCUAAAGGAUUAAUUUUCCGGCCCGCGGACGUGCCGGGUGGCCUGAAAGGAGACGAGCGGGACGAGCUUGAUUAAGGGCGGGACCGACACAGCUCGGGGGAGCGGCGCGCAGCGGGUC